AUGCAAGCAUCAAUAAUCGCUUUCAGUGACAGGCGAACACCGCGGCGAAAACUUGUUUUUUCUUCAAGUGAUGAUGAAACAGAUGAUAGUCCACAAUCUGUAUCUUCAGUACAAAUCUUCCGACAAGAACAUCAUUCAAUUAUUCAUGAUGAACAGUUGUCGACUAAGACAGAAUUGCCAACAAGUAUCGUGAUGCGUUCAAAACUAGAACAUUAUGGUUUUAGUAUGCUUGCUCGGCCUGCAUCACUACAUUUGAAUAAACGUCAACCAUUAGCUAUACAAAAUCAAAAUAAAAAAGUUCGUUCGAAUGAAUCAUGUCAUUCAAUGCAAACACGCUCGCAAUCAUCAUCGGAUUCGCAUUCGGAUCAUCUCGUAAAUUUAUUUGAUAAAACUCUUUCGACAGUGACACCAAACCCUGUUCGUAAUCGACAACGACGAUGCAAACCGUUACCCCUUUGUUUAUCUGAUAAUGAAAAAAAUAUGCCAGUUUUAACGGUCAUUACAACAGAUGACAAAGAAAAUGUAAAUAAACGAAGUUAUGAUGAAGAUGAAAACAGUGAAAAUUGUCGUUCAAUAAAACGCACAAAAAUCGAUGAUGAUAAUGAUAAAGAAAAUAAUUUAUUUAUCAAACGUUCUCGGCGUGGUGUUGGCUUAAUUCGCAGUUUCACUGAACCUAAUGAAGAACAAAUAAAAGCAUCCGUUGAACUUGGUUCGAAUCGAGAUUUAAUUGGUGAUCGUUCGCGUUCGCAUCUUUUACCAAGAUGCGCAAGUCGUAAGCAUCCAGAUCUUGCUUGUAUUAGUCCAGAAACGUUAAUUGAUGUAUUACAAAAUGUGUAUGCAUCAAAAAUUGAAAGUCUUCAUGUUAUUGAUUGUCGUUAUCCAUAUGAAUAUGAAGGUGGUCAUGUUCAAUCGGCUAAAAAUCUUUAUACACGUUCACAAAUUCAUAAUGAAUAUUUUCAUAAACCAUUGAAAUUAAACGAUUCGUCGAAAAGAAAUAUUUUUAUUUUUCAUUGUGAAUUUUCAUCCGAAAGAGCACCAUCAUUGCUAAGAUUUUUUCGAUCCGAGGAUCGUAAUAUACAUGAGCAAAGUUACCCACAAUUACAUUAUCCAGAAAUCUAUCUACUUGAAGGUGGUUAUAAAGCACUUUAUGAAUAUUCGAAUCAAUUCUGUGUACCAAAUCAAUAUCGAACAAUGACUGAUAUUAAUUAUCAAGAAGAAUAUCGCCAAUAUCGAUUUGAAACAAAACAAUGCGAUAAAUUUACAGGUGCAAAUGAAAGAACCGGUGGUGGACGUCGAACACGAACAUUAACAUUUCGUACUUGUCUAUCAUUUUCUUCACAACCAAAUCCACCGCGUUUAUCGAAUACUCGAUAUGAUCUACGAUUUAUUGAAUCUCCACCGCAAUGUUAA